CCAAACCAGAUGAUACCUUGUUCGAGGAGUCUGUGUCCAGACAAACAGAUAGCGUUUAUAGCAUAUGGUCUUAUUGCAAAUGGAAUUUCAGUAAGAUUUCCGACAGUUUAUCAAAACUAUGGUAACAGUUACAACCCAACUACUGGAGAAUUUACAUGUCAUCUGCCAGGUAUCUAUCACUUCGUCACCACACUGACUAAAAAAUGGGAUACAUUAACUGAUUAUGUAGCAUGCCACUUAUAUCAUAACAGUAAGGAACUUGUUGGCGCAUACGAAGACCCUUUUAGUAGUGAGGAAGAUAAGGGAGUUUAUUCUUAUACAAUAUCCGCAACACUUCAUUUGCAAAGAGGUGAUAUUGUUCAUGUGAAAUGUCCUCACCCUAGUUAUUUACAAAGCAAUAAUUAUUGUUCAUUUACGGGAUUUCUAAUUGUAUCAGACAUCUAAAGAUGAAAAAUAAAGUCUUUGUUGUGACCAUACUUGUAGAGUUUUAUAAAAAUUAUC